GGGGAAACUAUCAUCGUUCAAACAGUCGUACUUUGUUGAUCGCGAACGAUCGGGCAAAUUUAUGCGUAUCAAGGCUUUCUGUGAUCGCUCUUAGUAAUCGCUGAUCGAUGGAACUGGCACAACGCACCGUUUGUUUGCAAACAAAUCAUUAUCGUCAUUCCACUUCUUGCAAGACAAACCAAACCAGACGAAAUGAAACGUUGUAGAAGGUGAUGUCUCGAGUGCUUUGCUACGGACCAGUCGAAUUCGUACCCUUCGCGGUAUUCGAGCGUGCGCGUGUGCGUGAGUGUUGUUGAAACGUGGUUGGCCUUGAGUUGACGCGACGUGCAGUGAGCGCGCGCAAUCGUUUUUGUACCGCGCGUUGUCAAAGCUUUCGCGUCAUUCAAUGCGAUCGUACUUUUGUGAUUGUUGUGAUAUUGUCCAGUGAACAAUUAAAUGUGUGCUUUAAUUCUUUUUCUACAAUGAAAACAAUUGGUUAAAGAUGAACUUACAAGCCGUCGUUACAAGGCGCAUCUGAACGGCGCAACAAGCAUUCUGCUGAAGAAACCACAAACUUCUGGCUAACUUUGUGCAGCGAAUUUGAUGAUAAGAUAAGAAAGAUUGUUGAGCUGCUAUGGGAAUAUGGAGAGAGAGAAAAAACUCCUGUUACUUAUAAGCCGACGGGGGACCGACGCAGGAACAAAUGGCAAGGUGGCACCUAGUGAUAUGAGGAGGUGCACGCGUUAUCUACGGUGAUACGAUGUUACGAUCGAACUUGGUGCCGCAGCGUAAAAUACGACAUUAUUCCCAACGGCCUAACGCUGGCCACACGCUGUAAGUAGUGUAACACCUGUGCUCCAGUUUUCGCCAAACGAUUGCCGACGUCCUAAAUGUGAGCGUGCGGUUCUGCCAAGAUAAAAGUGAAAACUCAACGUGCCAAAACCUGUGUUAUCUUGUUUUUGGGGCGUGCCGUGUAUGUUGCAUCUCUAUCAGUGAUAACGUGGUGCCGAACCAGUGAAAAUGAUGCUCUUCGGGGGACAGAAAUGUUUUUCCCGUUCAAUGGCGAUGCUUGCUACGGCCGCAUUACUACAAGCGCUCACUUCCGGCAUCGUGUAUGCAGAUGAUGCCACUAACGAGACAACAACAGUUGCAAGCAUUACGACCACUACCGAAACCACCACCAUAGCGACGACUCCCAUCCCUCAACCAUCCAAACUCUGUGACAGCUGCAACUGCAAUAAAGAUGCCGCCCUUUUCGAUUGUAGUAGCAAAAACAUUGGUCCAAAAUCCUACUCCCUAGAGGAGUGGGAAUCGUUAAACACCGGUGGAUUGAACGUCAAAUCGGUGCUGCUUGUAUCGAGCGGUCUGAAGGAGGUGACCCGAUUUCCGCCGAUGAACAUUACCAUUUUAGAUUUGAGCCACAACGAGAUAGCGACAAUUGAAAAGCCAUGCUUUAAAAACCUAACAUCGCUACAGGUCCUCGAUCUGUCACACAAUCGGCUCCAAACGGCAGCCCUUACGCCGGAAAUCUUUGUUGGACAUUUUUCCCCCACCGAAUAUGAACCGCUGAAGCAGCUCCGCGUUCUGCGUCUCGGUGCGAACGAGCUGCACUCACUGAAUCAGGAUUUGUUCGAACAUUUGCCAGCCCUGGAAGAGCUCAGCCUGGAGCUAAAUCCAUUCAAGGUGAUCGAUCAGCAGUCGGAAAUUGCCAUCGCCAGCAUCGAUCGGCUUGUCAGUCUCGAUCUAAGCUAUAUGGAGCUGGAAGAGAUACCGAAGUAUCUGUUCCACACACCCACAGGUCUGCAGUAUCUCAACCUGACCGGGAAUCUGUUUCCAGCAAUUCCGCCAGCGUUGUCGUACGCCAAAGGCCUUCGAUGGCUUAGCUUAGACGAGAAUCCGAUCGACUCGAUCGUAGUGGGCAGCGAGUUCCCGCCCUUGAAGAAGCUUACGUUCCUCAGCCUAUCCUACAUGACGCAACUAAGGGUGAUUGGUCGAGGUGCUUUCAGCGGGCUAGAAUCGUUGCAGGAGAUACAUAUAACGAACAAUCCACACCUGGGCUAUCUUCACGGACAUGCAUUCGUGCGUAAUGACACUGACAACCCGGAACAGUUGGAUUGGCCACCGAUCAAACGGUUUUACCUGCACAACAAUAACAUAUCUUACCUGGACGCACAGCUACUGGUGCAGUGGGACACCAUGGAGGUGAUCGACAUUCGUGUUAAUCCGUGGGCUUGCGAUUGUUCUAACCGGUGGGUACUGCUCUCACUGCUCCCCAUCAUCGAACGAACAACGCCAGCGAUCCUCAAUAAUAUAGACUGCAACAGUCCACCACAGAUGGCAGGUUUGUCCAUGGUCGAUCUGUCGCACAAAAACACACACAUGCGAUGUUCCGACACGGCCGGUAACAAUCCGUCCAAUGACGGUUCCCUGCUGAUGGGACUGCUGAUCGGUGUACUGCUGGCGAUUCCAUUGACUGCCGCCGUCUGGUGCGUGUACAAACGAGGCUGCUUCGGGUUGUUUGGUCGAGGUAAUUCGGCCGCUUAUUCACGUGCCUUCUAUAGCCGAACUACACUCAACGAGGAGUUUUAGUGCGGAUAAAAGGGGAGAGAGGAAAGAGACGGAAAAUACCUGCGCCAUAACACUUUUUUUUUAUUUCGUAUCCAUGUACUUCCGUAUUGUGACUUACCGUACCCGUAAUUAAAACACUGCUGCCAGCCACUGUUGUGUUGUGAGCUGCUUGCAGAGCUAGCCGGACUGUUCAGCUCACCGAAGUGAGCAAGUGAGCAAAUGCUCUCACCAUUUCUGCUUACUCACCACGGUGAGCUGAGUACAUGAAGUACUAGUGAGCUCAGUAGCUCAUGACAAGACACUAGCCUAGCCGCAGUAAGAAAUACUAGAAUAGUGUUGAUAGUGUAUAUGAAAAUAAGCGUUACUAGCACUAGACACUAUGCGAAGAUGAGCGUAAGGAAAAACAAUUGGAUUUGGAUAGCAUUUCAACUUAUCCAUACGCUUUUAAGGAAUACUUAAUUGUAAUAGGUGCAUUUCUUUUACACAUCCACAAUAAACAAAAUAAAUAACCAA